AGUCUGAGCGAUGCAGAGAGACGAGCAGAGGGGCGACCUGUAGAGCCUGAGAGCACAGAGAGAGAGAGAGAGAGAGAGAGAGAGAGAGAGAGAGAGAGAGAGAGAGAGAGAGAGACGGAUCAGUGUUUGAGAGAAAGAGAGAGGAGACACCGGGAAUGGAGAGCUGUUCAUCUCUACACUAGCUGCUCUGUGAUUGGUUAACCUCUGACGUCAGUCCCAACAUGGCCCACCUCUUCCUCGCCAGUAAGAUCGUCACGCCAGACGACCUCCACAGCAAAGGCGGGCCUCGGAUCCCCAAGAGCGCCCCGAGGACGCCGGCGACCCUCUCCUCCGAGAAGCUGACCCGGGAGAAGACCAGGAAGGACCACGGUGUCGUCGUGACAACACACGUCCCCCACAUCAACGAAGUCCAGCUGACGGCGGCGACCGGCGGCGCCGAGAUGUCUUGCUACCGAUGCACCGUGCCUUUCGGCGUGGUCGUCCUCAUCGCAGGCAUCGUGGUCACGGGGGUGGCGUACACCUUCAACUCCCACGGGUCGACCAUCUCGGUGCUGGGUCUGGUGCUGCUGUCUGCUGGACUGGGCCUGCUGGGGUCCAGCGCCCUCUGCUGGAAGCUCCGACUCAGGAAGAAGAGGGACACGCGGAGGGAGAGUCAGACCGCCCUCAUGGCCAGUCAGGGGUACUGCAUCGCCUGAACGCCUCUCCUGAGUGGGAUUUAAGCUUUCUUCUGCUUUCAUGCUUCAGAUUAACGACUCUAAGGCGGUGACAUUGAACGCACCACACCGGAGGAGAGAUGGAGCUCCAGGAUCCAGACUGUGACGGUCAGAGUGAACCUUGAGUGUUCGGACACACGGUGGACACAAGGAUGAUUCAGGACCAGAGAUCAUGAAUGUGGAGACUUCAGACUCUCAGCUGGAAGUCCUGGUCGAUGAAGGGGGGCUCAGUUUCUGUCACUAAUCUUUAAAGCUAAGACAAUCAUCACUGAACUUUCAUCGAUUCCUCCCAACAUGUCCGAGGUUUAGGAGUUCUGGUUUUCACCACGAGACUCCAUCCUCUCUCAUCCCUCCAUCAUCUAUCAGUCUCUCUACAGAGACAGUUAGUCAGUGAUGAUGAUGUUCAGUAGUUCUUCCUAAAUGCUGCUAAUAAGCUCUAAAUGAUGUUUAAUAAGGUACUUUAAUGUUUUGAUUUCUGAUGAAGCCUGUUUGUGAGCUCAGCACUCGGUCAGUUCUUCACGUCAUGUUCCUUUAAGUCAAAGUGUUUGUUUUAAACAUUUUUAAGCCUCAAAGGCAAAAAUAUGAAUUGUUGAAGGGCAGCAGGGAUCUGUGGAUAGGCCUUGGGUGGCUGUUGCCCCUCCUCAAAUCUGAUUUACUCCCUCAGUGGCCUCCUUAAAAGGGCAGAUUUAUCAUUUAAAUAAAGGGAAACAAGACUUUGAAACAUUGCAACAGUGGCGGAGGCUUCAGGAGAGCUGGGUUCUAGAAUACUGGGGGAGUUCUUAAAGGGACAGUAGCUGAAAUGAGGGCGAUUGGCUAAUCGUCUUGUCAGAGGUGGGAUCCAAAAUUGGCUCAUUAAUGUUUGCUUGUGUAACUUUGGACGAACGUCUUCAGGAGUCCUUAAAGAGGUGAGAUUACGCUCUAUUUAAUAUUUAACAAACAAACAGGAAGUUAAAAUGUUGGAUGUUAACACUUAAUGUGGAUAAAGUUUCAAACUUUGAGCCUAGUUAAAAAAAGGCCCGCGAGAUUUCAGCGAGAUCAACGCGAGGUUUCCUCAACUGGUGACAUCACGAGUUGGUGAAUCUCCUUAAAAGGGCAAAUUCGUCAUUUUAAAGAAGAAGAAAAACACGACUUUGUAGUACGGCAACAGUGGCAGAGGCUUCUGGAAUACUGGAGGGUUCUUAAAGAGACAGUAGCUGAAAUUAAGGUUUGCGGUGUAGAUCAUGUGACGCUGCUACAGAGCGAUCAGAGGGAGGAGAUGAAGACUGAACAUGAGCAUGAUACGUCUGUUUGUAUCCACAUACAGAUGAUGAUCUGAGAUUGAAAUGGUAGAUUAAUGAUAAUUGUUGGUGUGUGAACACAUAGUUCACGCCCUCCUGGAGAAGUCAGCGCCCCAGUUUGUCCACUAAAGUAAAAGAAAAAGUCCCUGAAGGACACGGACUCGGAGGGUGUGGUUUGGAGCUGCAGCAGGUGUGCUAUCGAGAAGCUAGCUUGGUUAGCCGCACGGUCUAAAUUCAUUUUAUUGGGUUGUUGCAGCUAACUAAGAUCUUCUUUAAGUUGCUUUGGUGGAAACUGGCAAACCCCAGGUAUCCCCUAUCUGACUCCUCCCCCUGUCUGACUCCUCCCCCUGUCUGACUCCUCCCCCUGCCUGACUCCUCCCCCUCUUCCUGCCUCCUCCCCCUCUCUGACUCCUCCCCCUCUCCCUGCUCUCUGUGAAACUAGAAACCAGAGAUCAUAAACUGAUCAGUGUUUACUGAGGGAGUAAAUCAGCUGAGGAGGAGGAGGAGGAACAUUUCCUAUAGCCUGAUAUUCGAUCAGAGGAGUCGCCCCCUGCUGGACGUUAGAGGGACUGCAGGUUUAAGACUCUCUUUAUGCUCACAGUUGAAUGUUGGAGUAAGUGUCUGAGGACUGAGCUCCCAGUUUCAGGUGAAUCUCUGAUAUGCAUGCCUCUCUGUGUUUAAACUCGUGCACUAAGAUCCACAGUGAUUCAGCUCAUUUAUUCCACAGUAUUAAAGAGUUCCCACGCCGCUGUGUCACUGAGGGUCACUUUGACUCACUUCCUGUCAAACUGAUGUUAAGUCUUAUUUAUUCUUUAUUUGUUACAUUAAAAGAAACAAACCUG